GUGAGACUCGAGGGCAGUUCGCCCCCGUUUUCUCACGUGUCACCGCCGGCCCAUCGACCUUCUCAAGAACCCGCGAGAAUCGAGAACAAUUCGCCGUCGGUUCCUCACCUGUCCCUCUUCUCGACAUGCCAUCGAAAAUCAAAGGCACCCGUGAGACCCGAGGACAGUUCGCCCCCGGUUCCUCACCCGUCAACACCGCGCCAGCCAACGUCGAACGCUUCCGCGGGACUGGAGGGCAGUUCGCCACCUUUUACCCAAGUGCCAACACCUCCUCAUCGGAGAUUGAAGCCCGCAAGAACCGAGCACGAUUCGCCGCCAUCUGCCCACGUGUCACCACCAUCGCAUCGGAUAACGAAAAGCUCGAAGAAGUCGAAGAAGUCGAAGAAGUCGAAGAAAUCGAAGGAUCUCUCGAAAAUCGGAGACCAUCUGCUGCCGUCUCCCCACCGGCCGUCAACACCCGCGCAAGAACCGAAUGAUUCUGCGGAAGCUGACGUCGAGAUCCCAGACGGUUCCCCCAUCGAGUCGCCCACCAAGUCGCCGCGGGCACAUCGCCGCGCUCGCAAAAAGCACUGGGAUCUUAUCCGGGCUGCACGUGCGCAGGGACCGCCACCGCCGCAGCGUCGACUCCUGCCUGUUCCGCAGCAGAUUGAAGACUUUGACAUCUCCUCUCGAAAUCCUCUAGACCUUAUGUUCCAUGUCCGGCGCACGGAUGGAGCCAAGGUAGAGAUGCGUAUGUCUGUGAUGUGCCUGGAUGGGUUCCACGACGUCAUCGCCGACUGGUCCGAAUCGCAACGGAAGCCUUCCCUGGACGAAUACAACGUCUCCUCGGCGUAUUUCAAGGCCAUACAGCAAGGUUGGCAGCCCCCUGACCAGCUCAAGGUAGACUACUCAAACGACGGGAGACGGAGAGUGGUCGACACAUUGGGUGAGGUUGAGCUGGGGUACCAUGGGCCAGAGCCGGAACCAUUGCGCAUUCUUACACUCAAGGGAACAAGGGCUCGGCCACUUAAGACUCGCAAGGUGUCUCAUGCAUUCAGUGCGAAAGGCAAGUCUCGUUCGCGAGGCUCGAAAAGCAAGCCUCGCCCGGACGGUGUGAAAAGCAAGUCUAGUUCGGACGGUGUGAAAAGCAAGUCUAGUUCGGACGGUGCGAGCAGCAAGUCUCGUCCGGAGGGUGUGAAAAGCAAGUCUAGUUCGGACGGUGUGAAAAGCAAGUUUCGUCCGGAUGGAAUGGAAAGCAAGUCUAGUUCGGACGGUGCGAGCAGCAAGUCUCGUCCGGAGGGUGUGAAAAGCAAGUCUAGUUCGGACGGUGUGAAAAGCAAGUUUCGUCCGGAUGGAAUGGAAAGCAAGUCUAGUUCGGACGGUGCGAGCAGCAAGUGAUGCCGCCGCCUGCGGCCUAGUAAGAUGUAUAUCAAUCACAUAGAACCC